AUGGACCUUCAGUUACCUCUCUUCUUCGCCAUGUUUCUAUUCGUCUACACCUUCGCUUACUCAGUUCUCCUUCGAAAUUGGGGGCCAAAGCACAGAUUAGAAGCUUCAAGUUGCUUCAUAUCCCUCGCCCAUGGCACUCCGGUCGUAAUCCUCGCCGCAAUCGCAAUUCUCCAAUCCCCAAAUUCAACCGAUUUUGCCGCUCCAAACACCAAAUUCCAAGCACUAGUUCUCGAAUACAGCAUAGCGUAUUUCUCACUGGAUCUUCUUCAUUGCCUAUUGUUUUCUCCAAAUGAUUUCGUCUUCAUAUUUCAUCAUCUAGCAGUGCUUUACGUCUUCGUUACAUGUAAUUACAUUGUUGGUUGUGGGGCUGUACCGAUUCUAGGGCUGUUGGUGGUGGCGGAAUUGAGCAGUGGGUGCCAAAAUGCUUGGACCCUUGCGGGGUAUAGAAGGACGGAAAUGGUAGCCGCGGCUAAGUUUGAGGAGUUUGUGGCUCCGUAUUUCUUAACGUUUUAUAGUGUUUUACGAGUGGGAUUGGCGCCGGUGGUUGUGUGCAAAAUGGGGGAAUUUUAUGUUGGGAGCUUGGGAAUGAGUGGGAAUUUGAUUCCCACAUGGGCUUGGAUUUCUUGGAUGUGUGUUAUUGGUUUAGCUAUUUUUGGUAGUGUGUUGUGGGUUGGAAAUCAUUGGCUUCUUUGGUUUCACCGCAUAACCAAUACAAAAUCGUAA